UCAGCGCCUCUGUUGCUGCGGGGAAAGAUGGCGCCUCGCUUUGUCUGAUUUAAGUGGGCAUUUCACUUUUUCUCUCCUACCUUCAGCGACAAAACAUUAAAGUAUUAACUUUACUCCGAGUAUGCCGACGUCCUGCGUGGUCCAGACGUUAAAGAAAUGACCAGCAAGAACUACAGAUCCAGCAAGUUGAACACACUUGUGACUAAACUUCAUGAGUUCCUGGAUUAUUCUCCAGAGGAAGAAAGUGCUACAUCCCAAGUUAAUGAAAUCUCCAGUGGUAAAAUGGCAUCCAGUGACUCAAACAUCAAUGAUCAAAUAAUGGACAAGCCGGGCUGCUCCACUGAAGUUAUGAAGGCCACUUCUCGCUCAAAGAGGAAACCUGCUGUUGUGACUAAGCAUGUGGAGGUACAUGAGCCAGAAUCUGCAAGUGAGGGUGAACAGGCUUGCCCUGCAGAUGACAAUAAUGACAGCACCUUUGACAUGGAUGGGUUACCAGAAGACACAGUGGUAGUGAAGCCAGAACCUGUCAAUAACGAAGGGAAAGAUGACUUCAGAGGCCCAGAGUUCCGUAACAGAGGGGGUAAAGUUAAAGAUGAGACCCCACGGAGGCAUCCUGGUGAGUCCGCAAGGAGGAAAAUCACAGAUGAACACCUUCAGGAGAUUGUGAACUGCACUGCGUGUGGAAAGCAGGUCAAUCAUUUUCAGAGGGAUUCUGUCUUUCAACAUCCUGCUCUCAAAGUUCUUAUCUGCAAGUCAUGUUUUAAGUAUUACAUGAGUGAUGACAUCAGUAAGGAUGAUGAUGGAAUGGAUGAACAGUGCAGGUGGUGUGCAGAGGGAGGCAACCUCAUUUGUUGUGACUACUGCAGCAAUGCCUUUUGCAAAAAAUGCAUUCAGCGUAAUCUUGGGAGAAAGGAGCUAUCUGGAAUCAUGAACGAAGAUAGCAAGUGGUAUUGCUACGUGUGCCAUCCAGAGCCUCUUCGGGACAUUGUUGCAGCGUGCGAGAAGGUUCUGCAAAAUCUAGAAAGCAAGAAAAAGCCCAAGGGAGACAAUGACAAAGCAAAACGCGAUAAUUCAAAGCACAAGCACGGGAAAAGUCAAACUACGGCUGUAAACGGAAAGGAUGUUAAUUCCGAUGGAGCAGGGACUCUUACUUUUUCCUACAAAAUGUUGGCGGUUCCUAAGGAACUUGUCAAAAAGACAAAAAAACUGAUUGAGACGACGAAUGGCUUGAACACCACGUUUGUACAGUUCAUUCAGCAGGGGUCAGUCCAGUGUGGGGACAGUGUUGUCAGGUACCGGCACUUGAAAGCAUUCAAAUCUGUUCUGGCUGACCUGAAAAAGGUCCACGGAGCUUUGGAAGAGUCGUUGGAGGUAGAAUUCCGAGACCUGGAGGUCCAGAAUGGAGAGGCACAUGGGUCUGCUGACAGCCAGACUCUAGAUAAUGCAGUCCCCGACUCGCAACAUGCUGACCAGGUUAGUGAAAAGGAGGAGGUACUAGAUAGCACUAUGGACUACAGUCCAGUGGUUCCGGGGGAUCAUGUGGGUGGUGAAGACGCUGUCUCAGCAGAUGUAAAAAUGAAGGAAGGUCCAGAUCCCUCAGUAGGGAAUACAGCGGACAAGUCAAAAGAAAGUGAAGCCAAAGAAUCGGUUGUCAAAUGUGACGUUGAACCUGACUGUGAUGAUGGCUCUACAUCAGCUGGUGAAACCUCUCUUGACAAAGACAUUGUGUCUAUUCCACCGUCCGUCCCCGAAGAGCUCUUUGAGAUGGUUGAGAGUCUGGCAGAUUGCGUGAAACAAGAGGGCGAGAGCAGUACCGCUGAUGCCGACGACGGUAAGGUAGAUAAUGCGUCCUUGUCAAAUGAGGAGUCAGAAGAACCUGGUAAACGUUCUGAAAGUUUGGGUAAGAAACUGUUUGUAAAGCUGACGCCUGUUCCGCUUAAAAUUACCAUCAAGAGAGAUGAAAGAGAAGACGCAACGAAGUCCAAGGAGAGAGAUGGUGCUGUGUCCCCGGACGAAGGUCCAGACAGCAGACGAUCGCCUAGAAUGAAGACUACUCCGCUGCGCAAGUCAUCUGAGGGAAAGGACAAGAGUAAGUCUGAUGAAUCAAAAGGUAAAAAAGAUAAAAACGAUAACGGUCUAGAGCUUCCGGCCUCCAGUCCUCUUGACUCAGACUCUGACGAAAUCCCUGAGGUCCUUCGCCGGACUGAAGGCAUGGGGGCCAGUUCAGACGAACAGGAGGCAGAGCACAACGGGAAGCCUUCGGUUGGCGGUGCUGACGAAAACAAAAGGUCAUCUUCCCGGUUUCCUGCGAGGACGACAGCAAAGCGCAAGCUCAACGUAAGCUCUUCAGAUUCCGAUCAAGGAGCAAAGUCCUCCAAAGCCAAGAAAAAAGUCACUAAAAAAAAGAAAGGUAAAGAAUCGGACUCCUCAAAUCACGACUCGGACCUUGAGAAGGAGAUCAAGCGUCUGAGCAAGCUUUACACUAAUAAGAAACCGUCCAAAGGAGCCAAAAAGCAGGAGGACGAGAGCAAGAAGGUGGUAAAGAAAGGCCCUAAGAGGUCAUUUGAGCGAGUAAGGCGCUCUCAGAGAGCUAAAGGGAAUACCACCAAAGAUUCGUCCUCUGAUGAUGAUGAUGAAGAUGAUGAAGAGGAGGGGCAGGCUGCAGACUCUGGAGAGGAAAGUGGAGAUCAGCAAAAGAUGAAACCUAUUCUUGAGUCUGUUGUGGCUGGGAUUGAUGCUUUCCACCAGUCAUCAGGAGAUGAAGCUGAAACCAAAGAGGAGCCCUCUUCGAUGGUUGAUGAUGACGAUGACCCUGAGAAUAGAAUUGCAAAGAAGAUGCUGUUAGCCCAGAUCAAAGCAAAUUACUCAUCUGGCGAUGCCACCUCCUCCGAAGAUGAAGAUGGCAAAAAAGAGGAUGAAAAGUCUUCAUCGAAAGUAAAGGAUGAUGAUGAAGAUCAGGAGGAUGAAGAGAAAGAGGAAGAGGAGGAAACCUCAGACUCUGGUUCAGACGUGGAUGUGAAGAAAGGUGGACGGAGGCACAGUUUGCUUCGCAAGAAGCUGACGCUCAGCGAGGGCGAGUCUGAUGAUGAAAAACCAGCCAAGAGUAAGAAAGAAGUGAAAAGGAAAGGAAGACGGAAAGUGGGCAGCGAUGACUCUGAUUCGGACUUCAAACAGUCGGGCUCAAAUUCUGAUAGCGAAUCAGCGCUGAGUGCCGCAGUGAGUGAAGAUGAAGAUGACAGCAAAAACAAGCGGAGAACGCGGUCUUCCAAAAAAGCUGACAAAGACAGGAGUUACCAGAAGGAAAAGAAAAAAAAGCGACGACGCAUUAAGGUUCAGGACUCUUCCUCCAGUGACAAGAGCGGAGGCGAAGGAGAGGAAGAAGACGGUGAGGGAGAUGAUAAGGGCACUCCCAAGGGGCGCAAGAAGAUCCGCAAGAUCCUCAAGGAUGACAAGCUGCGCUCGGAGACCCAGAACGCCUUGAAAGAGGAAGAGGAGAGGAGGAAGCGCAUUGCUGAGAGGGAGCAACUGAGAGAAAAGCUCCGGGAGACCAUCGUGGUGGAGGAGUCAUCGCAGGUCACUUGCCCCAUUACUACAAAGCUGGUGCUUGAUGAAGAUGAGGAGACCAAGGAGCCACUUGUCCAGGUCCACAGGAACCUAGUAACCAAGCUGAAGCCUCACCAAGUCGAUGGUGUACAGUUCAUAUGGGAUUGCUGCUGUGAAUCUGUGAAAAAGGUUCAGAAGUCCUCUGGCUCUGGCUGCAUCCUUGCCCACUGCAUGGGUCUGGGCAAAACCCUUCAGGUGGUGACAUUCCUCCACACCAUGCUUCUCUGUGAGAGACUCAACUUCUGCACAGCUCUGGUGGUGUGCCCCCUCAACACGGUCCUCAACUGGCUCAAUGAGUUUGAGAAGUGGCAGGAGGGCUUGAAGGACGAAGAGAGAUUAGAGGUGACCGAAUUAGCCACAGUGAAGAGGCCUCAGGAACGAGCCUACGCGCUGCAGCGAUGGCAGGAGGACGGCGGCGUCAUGAUCAUCGGCUACGAAAUGUACCGUAAUCUCACGCAGGGCCGCAACAUCAAGAGCAAAAAGCUGAAAGAAGCAUUCCAGAAAACGCUCGUUGAUCCAGGUCCAGACUUUGUUAUUUGUGACGAGGGUCACGUAUUGAAGAACGAAGCCUCGGCCGUGUCUAAAGCCAUGAACUCCAUUAAGACUCGACGAAGAGUGGUGCUGACGGGGACGCCGCUUCAGAACAACCUGAUCGAGUACCACUGCAUGGUAAACUUCAUCAAGGAGAACUUGCUGGGCUCAGUGAAGGAGUUCAGGAAUCGCUUCAUCAACCCCAUCCAGAACGGCCAGUGCGCGGACUCCACGCUGGUCGACGUGCGCAUCAUGAAGAAACGUGCCCACAUCCUUUAUGAGAUGUUAGCUGGAUGCGUCCAAAGGAGAGACUACACUGCCUUGACCAAAUUCCUGCCCCCUAAACACGAGUACGUCUUAGCGGUACGGAUGACUCCUGUGCAGUGCAAACUCUACAGAUACUAUCUGGAGCACUUUACAGGUGUCGGUUCUGCCUUGGAGGGGGGAAGAAGCCGCGCAGGGACGAAACUCUUCCAGGAUUUCCAGAUGCUCAGCAGAAUCUGGACCCAUCCUUGGUGUCUCCAGCUGGACUAUAUCAGUAAGGAAAACAAGGGUUACUUUGAUGAAGACAGUAUGGAGGAAUUCAUUGCAUCCGAAACGGAGGAGUCGUCUAUGAGCCUGACUUCCGAGGAUGAGAAGCCCAAAAAGAAGAAGAAAAGGGGACGAGGCAAAAGUCAGAGUUCGGACAAGUCUGACAGUGACGACGUGGAGGUGAUUAAGGAGUGGAACACCAGCUCCCGGGGAGGAAACCCAGAAGGACGGAAUAGGGCUGAGCCCGUGGAAGAGGUUCGUCCCAGCAACUCAGGCCCUGGCAGCCCAUCUCCUGACUGGUACAAGGAGUUUGUGAGCGAAGCGGACUCUGAGGUCCUGGAACACUCUGGAAAGAUGGUUCUCCUGUUUGAAAUCUUGCGCAUGGCUGAAGAAGUGGAAGAUAAAGUUUUGGUGUUCAGUCAGUCGCUGAUUUCGCUGGACCUCAUCGAGGAUUUCCUAGAGUUAGCAGGCAGAGCCAAAGAAGAGGGGAAAACAUCUCCAUACAAAGGCGAAGGCAAGUGGUUCAGAAACAUCGACUACUACCGCCUGGAUGGCUCCACUAAUGCCAUGACCAGGAAGAAGUGGGCUGAAGAGUUCAAUGACACCAGCAACGUUCGGGGUCGUCUGUUCCUCAUCUCCACAAGAGCUGGAUCUCUGGGGAUCAACCUGGUGGCAGCAAACAGGGUCAUUAUCUUCGAUGCCUCGUGGAACCCAUCCUAUGACAUUCAGAGCAUUUUCAGGGUGUACCGCUUUGGCCAGGUGAAGACGGUGUUUGUCUACAGGUUUUUGGCUCAGGGAACCAUGGAGGAGAAGAUUUACGACCGGCAGGUGACCAAACAGUCCUUGUCUUUCCGAGUAGUGGACCAACAGCAGAUCGAGCGCCACUUCACCAUGAAUGAACUGACUGAACUCUACACCUUUGAGCCAGACCAGCUGGAUGACCCCUCGGAGAAGAAAAGCAAGAGGGCCACACCCAUGUUGCCCAAGGACCCUGUUCUGGCUGAGCUGCUUCACAGCUUUAAAGACCAGAUUGUGUGUUACCACGAGCACGAUUCUCUGCUGGACCACAAAGAGGAGGAGGCUUUGAGCGAGGAGGAACGUAAGGCUGCCUGGGCUGAAUAUGAAGCCGAGAAAAAGGGUCUCUCCAUGCGCUUCAACCAGCCGGCAUACUCGCACAUGGGCAUAGGAGCACAGAACGCCUACUUCCCCUUCAACGUGGCCGCCUUGGCCUCCAUGAGCAACCAACAGCUGGAGGAGCUGAUUAACCAGGGUCGACAGAAGGUGGUAGAGGCCACCAAUGCUCUAAAGUCUUUGCCCAGGGAGUCCCUGGAGGACAUCAUUGGGCAAGUGUGGAAGGAGAACCCCAACCUGACGGAGUCCCAGGUGCAGAGCAUGGCUCUGGGCAGACAGGCCAGCUUCGAGAUCGAGCUUAAACACAGAGAGUCUGUGUACCGAGACGUUCUCAACAAGCAGCAAACGCUAAUGAUGUAUGUGCAGAAGGUGAUUGCCAACCGCAAGGUCCAGGAGCAGCAGCUGGCCAUGGCCAGACAGGGUCUGCUGAUGAACCAGCUGGCCUUGCAGAACGGUAUCGCCGGGGGCAUGAGUCAGAUGGAGCUGUUGGGGUUGUACCAGCAGCUGGGUGCCCUCCAGGGCCUGCCAACCCCCCAGCUGGGCAAGAACCCAGGGCCCUCGAAGGGCCUGUAGACGACCAGCUCCGCAUCGGCCCACCUUUUUUUUUUGUCCAGCGCGGGACGGGCCGACAUCAUGAGAACCUGCUUGGACCCUCUCCUGCCCCUCGUCCAGCACUAAUGUAAAAGUCGGAAUAAAAAUGUGGAGGACGUUACCAAGGGUCUCGGCGGUUUAGUUUGUAAUUGUGUAUAUAUAGCCUUAAUGUUAUUCAAGUUUUCUUCUUUUUUUUUUCCACAUAUUUAAGAUAUUCUUCCCCAAAUGCUUUUAAGCAUUGCAUUGUUCUUUUCCCCUUAAAUAAGGGCUGUGCAUUAUUUUGAUUUUUUUUUUUCUUUUCUUUUAUACAGGACAAGAAAAAAAAUAACUGAACCUCUGUGGGACCAUAGUGUUGCUCAUUACAGAUUUGUAUGUUAUAAAAGAUCUAGAAGAAUCUAUCUUAAUAGAUACAGCGUUAAUAUCUAUCUACUAGUGGAUGAUCAGUGGUGCUGUGAAUCCCGGUGCUCCAGAGGCACUGUUAACACCUUAAAGGAGAAAAAAAAAGAUGCAGUGAUGGCCUUACAUCAGCUAAAUUUGUUUUCAAACACACUGAGCAGAACCCCCUCCCCCCUUUUUCUAUUAUGCUUUUAGGCUUUUACACUUGUUGUUGCUUAUCAUAUAAUGGAAUGCCUGUGUUGUUAAAACUGCUUGCCGGACUCCCCUGGACUUUUGUAACCUCCGAUUUCUCGUCGUAAAAGUGUUGCUUAGCAUAGUGUUGUAAGUACUGUUCAUCUGUUUCGUUCCACGUUUUAGCCCGGGCUCUCGCCUUACUGAGAUUGUGUGUUUUCUGUAAUUUAAAGACAAUUGCAAAUGGUUAGGCUGCAGGUAUCUGGUAAUGCUAACUAACCACAUUAGGCUGGCCCUCAGGCUACAUGUAUUCUACUUUGGCACAUUUCUGCUUCGGAUGCUAAAACGGUAUAGAUGUUUCUAAUUGGAGACUAAGCUCCCUCGUUUGCACAGGGUGUAUUUCAGAAAUGUAGAGGAACUUUUCUCCCUCCCAAGAAUGUUCUCAUGUGAGCAAAUACACCAACUUGUUUUGCCAUUAAUCUGAUCUGCUAUUUACUAGAAUAAGUAUUUAAUAUUACAUUUAAAUAAAGUGACCAAAAGGGUGAUUUGCA